AUGUCGUCCCCCAACGGCACGCCCUUCUUUCUUCCCGCGACCGCCGCGCAAGGCCUGGCAAACUACCCUCAUGCUCGAUCGACCCCGGCAGCAUCACGCACGCUCUACGUUUCCGGAACCUCGUCUCGACGCGGAGAUGGCACCUAUGCCGGCUGCAUCGAAUCGCCCGACGGCAAACACAUCCUGGACAUCAAGCAGCAGACCGCCGCGGUGCUGCAGAACAUUGGCACCAUCAUCUCAGGCGCCUCGAACGGCACGGCAAGCCUGGAAAACGUGGUUGACGCCACUGUGUUUCUGACCGACAUGGCCGACUAUGCCGGCAUGAACUCGGAAUGGAACAAAGUGUGGCCCGACAAGACGAGGGCGCCGAGUCGGACGUGUGUCCAGGUCGCUGCUCUUCCCAACGUUCGGUUGAACGUGGAGAUCAAAGUCACGGCCAUCAUCCCAUAG